ACUGACUUUUCUAAUUCAAAAGUUAGUUAAAACUUUUGUUUCAGCUUUUCUUGCUUUUCUUUGAAUUGUUUAUAUGAAAUGGCUCUAUCAACACAUAUAAAGGACCAGCCGUGGUAUUUACAAAUAACUAAAGAAAUAAAUGAUUUCCGUGAUGUACUUGACGAUAAAAUUAAUAAGCAACGAGAACAAAUAAAGGCAUGCAAAAAGAAAAAUGAGCUAGAUAACAAAUUUGCACUAGAAAUGAAAUUAAAUUCUGAGCUAACACAACAGCUAGCCGAGUUGAACCGUCGCGGUACUGAGCUGGAUAGAGUCUGUGGGAACUUUGAAUCUCUCACUAUUGCAGAAGGAGAUAAGAACAGGCUGGAUAAUGACAAAGAGACAUUCCAAGUGGCUAAGGAACUAACGGGGAUAAGAUUUGAUUUCUCAGCGCCACCAAAUGUUGCUAAAGGCUAUAUAAAGAACGAAUCACUACGACUUCUUCAACCGUUUGAAAUAGAAAAUGGAGAUAGUGAGGCUCUGUGGGCGUUGAUACAAUCAACAGCGACUCAAGACUGGCCUACAGCGGAUAAAGAGAACUUAGUACCUAAUAAAUAAGUUAAUUAAUUAAAAAAUUUAAAUCUUACU